AUGAGCUCGUCCUCUUCCUCUUCACUGUCACAUACAGGGAGACAAACAACUGAAAUACCCACUCGUUGUUGGUGUGGAGCUAAUCUGACUACAUUUGGUGCUCAAACCAAGGAAAAUCUCUUCCGCAGGUUCUAUCGAUGCGAGAUUUGGCUCAAGAGGAAAAUCGAGCACCACUUGUUCAAGUGGGUCGACGAGGCCGUUGUUGACGAGAUCAACAUGGUCGAUGCAAAACACUCUCAACUAAAGGAAGAUGUCGACUCUUUCAAGCUGUGCACAACAAGAAGUUUGGAAAAACAGGCCAAACAAAUCGAGCAAACCCUACACCAGAUCAAAAUGCUAAUGGAUGCCAAGACAAAAAGCUGUGGUACUAAGGACAACUCAGCUUUGACCUCAGAAGAUACUCUUACGUCCCCCAGGAUGUCCUCUUCUGCCAAUUCAUUGACCAAAAUCGCAGUUGCCGCCAUUGCACUUGGAACAAUGGCCUGGAUCUACGCUAGGAUCAGCAACUAG